ACCAAAAACGUAAAAGGCCAAAGGACUAGUAACCAAAGGUUGAUAAUAAUAAUAGACUGGAAUGCGGCAAACAUGAACGUUGGAGAUCCGCGCUCCUCCUCCCCCCCCACCACCAGUCUCGCCAACCGCCCCGAUGCUCCGCCGACGCGUCCUGCCGCCGAACCUCCCAAGUCAUUGCAGCAGCCGCAACUACAGAAGCCCAAGAUCGUGAUUCCGUCUAGGGAUCCCGGUGCCCUUAACAGUGGCGGUGGCAUCAGCUUCCUCAAUGGAAACAAAAAUGCAAGGUUCAGCUAUGGAUAUUCCAGUUUCAAAGGUAAAAGGUCUUCAAUGGAGGAUUUUUUUGAGACGAAGGUACUAGAAGUUGAUGGUCAGAUGGUUGCCUUCUUUGGUGUAUUUGAUGGUCAUGGUGGUUCAAGAACUGCAGAAUAUCUUAAGAACAACCUUUUCAAGAAUUUAAGUAGCCACCCGGAUUUUAUAAAAGACACGAAGUCAGCUAUUGUUGAAUCAUUUAGACAGACAGAUGCUGAUUACAUUAAUGAAGAAAAAGGUCAGCAGAAAGACGCAGGCUCAACUGCAUCAACAGCAGUAUUGCUAGGGGAUCGGCUUCUUGUGGCAAAUGUGGGAGACUCCAGAGUAGUAGCUUGUAGAGCUGGUUCAGCUGUCCCUUUGUCAGUUGAUCACAAACCAGAUAGAUCUGAUGAACGUGAAAGAAUUGAACAGGCUGGAGGUUUUAUCAUUUGGGCAGGAACAUGGCGGGUUGGUGGUGUGCUUGCUGUAUCUCGUGCUUUUGGAGAUAAACUGCUUAAGGCAUUUGUUGUAGCUGAGCCUGAAAUUCAGGAAGAAGAAAUUGAUGGUGUUGAUUUUAUUAUAAUUGCAAGUGAUGGCCUUUGGAACGUCUUGACAAAUAAGGAGGCCGUGGCCAUGGUGCAGGACAUAACAGAUGCAGAAACAGCUUCAAGAAAACUCAUAGAAGCCGCCUUUGCAAGAGGGAGCUCCGACAACAUUACCUGUGUCGUCGUUCAGUUUGAGAAUACUUGACACCGGACAUUACGGUUCUUCGGACCCAAAGAAUGAUCAAGCCAGUCAGGAAAAAAAAAAGAUCUUCUUCCAGUGGACGUCUUUUGACUGUCAUGUAGCAGAUACUAAUGAUACUCAAAUGUGAUGGCUGUGUUUUCAAGUCGCUGGUCCCCAUCUGUCUUGUAUUUUGAUAAAUGGUUUGUGAAAAAUGAAAAGCAUAGAUCUUUUGUUUUAGAAGUAUUUAUUUUACAUACAUGUAUACAUACCAGUUGUCCUUUUGAGGAAAUGGCGGGACAUUGCUACAUGAA